AAAAGCAAAGACUCCCACGUUUUACCACUUUAUCAGAAAAGAGUCACUACAUCAACACAAUGACUCGUCUUCUUUUACUACCAAGGAUGCGUCGAUUCGUUGACUUCAUCAAUUCAAGCGAUGAGACCAUAGGACGAGAGGUGGUUUCCGAAUCAGCCGUGUUCCAUGUUCCGUUUUCCGAUACACCACUGAAAGGAUUGUCUGGAUAUAUGCAGAUUCUCGCUACGAUGCGCUCUGCCUUUCCAGACAUCCAAUGGACACUUGACGACACAGUCAUCGAGGAUGAUAGAGUUGUAGCGCAGUUUACUCUGCGUGGAUCUCACGAAGGCCAAUUCUUUGGUGUUCCGGCUUCUGGAAAGAAAAUCCAAGCACAAGCUAUGAACAUCUACCGAUUCACAGAUGGAAUGAUUGUGGAGGAGACUGGCCUGCCUGAUUUGUUUGGGAUAAUGCUGCAAAUUGGGGCUGUGAAUCCGAUGGGUACUCAUUAGGCAAUUUCCCGAACGGCAUGUCCCGGAUCUUGGCGGGAUACUCCUGUAUGGCUUAUCUAGAAGGACGGAUAUCGCAUGUGAUGGCGUCUGGUACUUUUCCGGCGGCAUACGCGAAUACAUGACGGUUUACCAAGUGCGGUUUGGAUCGCUCUCAAGAGUAGACAAUAUAAAAGGCACAGAUAUGAGAGGGCCCUGCCGGAUGAAUGGCACCCAUGGAUCGCACCUGUCCCUGUCGCGUAGAGUGUGUCGAGGCCAGGUGAGAAGCAGAGACCGUUAGGCUGGUAGAAGCCGUUUGCAACAGCGCGAACCGAUCCGUUAUCGGGAUCAUAACGAUAGACU